AUGGCGUCACAAAAUAAUGCUUCACAUGCAGAAGUAUGGGAUGAUUCCACGCUUGUAGACUCGUGGAAUCAAGCUCUACAAGAAUAUGAGAAAUAUCAUAGUAUCCAUGCUCGAGGAGAGAAAGUUGAGGAUGUUUUGAACGCCUUCGGUAAGCAAAGCGAUGGAUUGGAUGGGGAGAUGAAUGAGGAUAGCGGAGAAGUUGUUGAAGAACCGCUGGAAGAAAAUAUUGUCAUGCAGAGCGAGUUUGAGCAAAUCGAUGACCACACCCAAGCAGGACCUAAAAGUAAUGACAAACCCGCACCAAAAGCGACCAAAUCUGGUUCUUCUUCUUCUUCAAAAGCUCCAAUACUACCACCGCAGUUAAUUGGUCAAGUUCACGAUGAAAAUCUCAAGAAUUUAUUGAUGUCGUGGUACUAUGCUGGCUACUAUACUGGAUUGUAUGAAGGCCAGCAGCAAAAGCAAGGUCCAAGUAAGGGUACAUGA